ACCGUCGACAUCAUGAUAUUCGAGAGAGCGGAUGCCGACGUGAACUUCUACCCCUCAAGGAAGGGUUUUCUGCAGGACUUUGGGCGCGCGAUGAAUUUCAAGUACCAAUGGCAGCACGACCAACUCCAGCUGGUUUACGACGUCGACACCCGCAGGUCGGGAUACAUGCGGAAGUUCCUGCAGGACUUUCGCAACGAUCUGCUCACAAACGGGAGGAAGACUGUGGCCCAAUUCUUCAACCUCGACACCCUUCUUG